GAGCUGAAAAACUGAUUGGGAAGUGUCUAUUGAUAUAUUUACUCGUCCAAGUUCUAACCAGGUUAGUACAACUGCUAAGAACACUAGUCUUGCUGUUCAAUUACUUAUCUGUUUUGCAUUCUGAAUCUUUAUAUUCAUCGGAAAGGUUUGCUUCUUUUGACUUGUUGAUCUUCAGGCUACAAUAUGGCUGCUGCUUCUUCUCGCUCUGAUAUCAUCCCUCGGGAGAGGUAUGAUGUAUUUCUUAGUUUCAGAGGCGAGGACACCCGGAAUACUUUUACCAGCCAUCUUUAUGAGGCUUUACGUCAGAAAAAAAUCCAAACUUACAUAGAUUACAAACUGGAGAGAGGAGAUGAAAUCGCACCUGCCCUUCUCGAAGCAAUCAGUGAAUCGAAGCUUUCGGUUAUCAUUUUCUCCAAAAACUAUGCUUCUUCUACGUGGUGCUUGGAUGAACUUGUGCACAUACUCGAAUGCAGAGAUAAACAGUCUGUUAUACCCAUCUUCUACGGCGUAGAUCCAUCAGACGUACGCAAACAAUUGGGGAGUUAUGCAGAUGCAUUUGUUGAACAUGAGAAACGUUUCAAGGACCCGAUGGACAAGGUGCUCAGGUGGAGAAAGGCUUUGAAAACAGCAGCCAAUAUAUCUGGGUUUGAUUCCCAAACAAUUAGGCCCGAGUCUGAAUUAGUUAAGUGGGUGGUCAAUGACAUUUUGGCGAAAUUGGAUUGCAAACCGCAAAACGCAGGUGGUUUGGAGGGCCGGGUUGGAAUGGACAAACACAUAAUUCAACUUGUUGAGUUAUUAUGCCUCAACUCACCGGAUGUCCAGAUUGUAGGCAUUUGGGGUAUGGGUGGUAUCGGUAAGACCACCAUUGCUGAUGUUGUAUUUCACCGUCUCUCUUUUCAAUUCGAAGCUUGCUGCUUUAUUAAAUAUGUUAGGGAAAAAGCCUCAGAGACGAAACAUGGACUACCAUAUGAUUUGCGAAAUGAACUUUUUCGUACUUUACUAAAGGAUGAAAAUAUAUGCAUAUACACCCCCUCUAUCGGAUCAGCUUUUAUGAGAGAUAGGCUUCGCCGUACAAAGGCUCUCAUUGUUCUUGACGAUGUGAGUGAGUUUUCCCAAUUAGAAUUUUUAGCUGGAGGCGAUUUCAAUCUGUUUGGCCCUGGAAGUAGAAUCCUUGUAACGACCAGAAAUAAACGCAUAUUUAGGAAUGGUGAUGAGAUAUAUGAGGUUAAGAAAUUAGACGUUGAUGAAGCUCUUGAGCUCUUUUAUUCGAGAGCUUUUAGAAAUAUCUCUCCCCCAGAUGAUUGUACAACUUUUGUAAAAGAGGUGGUAGAUUAUGCUGGAGGCAAUCCACUGGCUCUUAAAAUCUUGGCUGGAGUAUUCCAUCAUUGCAAGAGCAAAGAAGACUGGGAAGGUGAAUUAGAUAAAUUGAAAAAAUUUCCGGACGAAGAUAUCCAGAAGGUAUUGAGAUUCAGUUAUGAUGGAUUAAGAGAAAAUGAGAAGGAGAUAUUUCUCGAUAUUGCCUGUUGUCACAAAGGAAAGCAUAUUGAUGAGGCAAAAAGAAUUUUAUAUGCCUGUGGUUUUUCUGCGAAUGCGGGAGUAAGACUUCUCAUUGAUAUGGCUCUCAUAUCUGUGGAUGAAGAUUCAAGACUUGUUGAGAUGCAUGAUUUGAUACAAGAAAUGGGUUGGGAAAUUGUUCGUGAUGAAUGUGUUAAAGAUCCUGGAAAACGCAGUAGAUUGUGGCUUGCUAAUGAAGUUCGUCAUGUACUGAAAAAUAAUACGGGUACUGAACACAUUGAGUGCAUAGUCAUGAACAUGGAUCUCAUUACAGAUUUCUACGUGAAUGCUGCAUCCUUCGAAAAGAUGCCUUAUCUAAGAUUACUAGAUUUAUACACCAGGGGUGUCAACAAAGUGCACCUUCCUCCAGGUUUCGAGUUUCUCCCUGAGGCCCUUAAAUAUCUGAGGUGGGAUUCCUAUCCUUUGACAUCUCUGCCAUCGAGGUUUUCAUCCGAAAAUCUUGUUGAGCUUGAUAUGCCCAACAGCAGACUUGAGCAACUUUGGAAUAAAGGCGUGCAGAUCAAUCUUGGGAGCUUGAAACGCAUCGUUCUUAGUUGGUCCCACCACCUAGCUGAGGUUCCAGAUCUCUCUGAGAGUCCACAUCUUGAGAGCAUUAGCCUUAGAGGUUGUACAAGUUUGGUUCAACUUCCUUCAUCUUUUCAACAUCUUGCCAAGCUUACUCUUUUGGAUCUGAGUGACUGCUCCAAUCUCAAAAUUCUCCCAGAGAUGCUGAAUUCGCUCCGAGUUCUUCGUCUAUAUGGCUGCCUCUCUCUUGAGUCUUUGCCUAUCGAGCUACCUUAUGGGCUGACGAAACUGUACUUGAGCAAUUGUGAGAGUCUUAGGUCUUUGCCUGUCGAGCUCCCUUCUGGGCUAGAGAGACUGGAGUUGUGCAAUUGCAAGAGUCUUGGGUCUUUGCCUGUCGAGCUACCUUCUGGGCUGAAGGAGCUGGACUUGGAACAUUGUGAGAGUCUUUGGUCUUUGCCUGUCGAGCUCCCUCCUGGGCUGGAAUACCUGGACUUGAGCGAUUGCGAGAGCCUUGGGUCUUUGCCUGUCGAGCUCCCUCCUGGGCUGUUGAAAUUGGACUUGAGCAAUUGCAAGAGACUUGGGUCUUUGCCUGUCGAGCUCCCUUCUGGGCUGGAGAGACUGGAGUUGUGCAAUUGCAAUAGUCUUGGGUCUUUGCCUGUCAAGCUACCUUCUGGGCUGAAGGAGCUGGACUUGGAAAAUUGUGUGAGUCUUUGGUCUUUGCCUGUCAUGCUCCCUCCUGGGCUGUUGAAACUGGACUUGAGAAAUUGCAAGAGCCUUGAGUCUUUGCCUGUCGAGCUCCCUCCUGGGCUGUUGAAACUGGACUUCAGCAAUUGCAAGAGCCUUGAGUCUUUGCCUGUCGAGCUCCCUCCUGGGCUGUUGAAACUGGACUUCAGCAAUUGCCAGAGCCUUGAGUCUUUGCCUGUCGAGCUCCCUGCUGGGCUGCGCACAAUGUACUUGAGGAAUUGCAAGAGCCUCCGGUCUUUACCAAAGCUGCCAUGGCCUCUAAUAGGGUUGGAUGCACAUGGCUGCACGUCACUAGAGAGAGUAAGUUCGAUGAGGACUGCACCCAUACAAGGUAGGGAUCAAUAUGUCAACAAUUCUGAAGAACUCUGGCCUGAGGAUGAGGAGGGUCUUUCAUUUAUAAAUUGCUUGAAAUUGGAUCAGAGUGCACGGAGUAACAUAAUGGCUGAUGCACAGCUUAGAGUUAUGCGAAUUGCAAUUGCAUCACGUCUCCUCAAUAAAUCUUUUUGGAUUAAUAUUGUUUGUCCGGGAAAUGAAAUUCCAAAGUGGAUGAGGUAUCAAAGUGAGGGAUGUCGGAUAAAUAUCAAGCUUCCUCCUCAUUGGUUUCGUCAAGGCUUCCUCGGUUACGCUCUAUGCAUUGUGCUUGCAUUCAACUACUAUACGCCACCCGAUACAAUAUAUUCCAACACCUUUAGUUGUGAAACCCAUCUCAAAAUUAACAAUGGUCACGAAGAUUGGUGCGAAACCCUCCAAAUAAGCCUACCAGAUAUUCUCAAUUCGGAUCAUGUGUUCGUGUGGUAUUUCUACCCUAAAUCUUUUGGAUUAGAAAGUGCAAUCAAUCGGGAGGAUGGGGUAAAAGCAUCCGAGGCCUCUUUUGACUUCAUUUUGUACAAACAUACUUAUGAGAACGGUCAGUACCCCAGUAUAGAAAAAAAUCCCUUUGACCUCUCCACUGUGAGGGUGAAAAGGUGUGGAGUCUCCUUGCUGUAUGAAGAUGCAACCGUUGAUGAAGAUGUAGUUAUGGAACCAAAACAAGUAGUUGAAAAAGAAGAAAUCAUCAUCAAAACCAGGAGACGACGCGACCAGUGUGAACCCUGUGGAAGCGGAUUUGCAAUCUUGAAAGAAGAAGAUGACGGCGAACUACUUCCCCAGAGCAUUGUUGGUUUACAAGGAAUGAAAGAGGGAUUAGAAGCUUUGAGAGAGAAUGAUAAUGGUGAAUCACUGCAGUUCAAGAGCACAAUAAAGGAGUUAAUUAGGAGUAAUACGAGUGAGGAAUUGAUGGGAAACGAGAAGGCUACCUUGCUCAUCACAGUUACAACUUCCAAAGUAGAUCAUACGAGUACAUUUCAGUCCGUUGCAGACGGCGAGACCAUAGGUUCAACUGGUGGAACCUUUGAGCUUGGAUUCUUCAGUCCCGGUUCUUCUGCUACGCGAUAUGUGGGGAUAUGGUACAAGAAGAUAUCAGUUACCACCGUGGUGUGGGUUGCCAACAUAGACACGGCCCUCACUGAUUCAUUAAGAUCACACACCCUGGAAUUCUUGUCCUUGUCAGCCAAAACAACAGCACAGUUUGGUCCUCCAACACAUCAAGAACUGCACAGAAUCCAGUGGUUUAGCCUUCCAACUCCGGAAAUCCAGUUGUGA